AUGGCCUCUCCGGCAGCGCGUAGCCGCAUCGUACUCUACUAUGACAUCGUCUCGCCUUGGAGCUUCGUGGCAUUCCGCACACUUCGAGCCUAUGCGCGCUUGUGGGAGAAGGAGGCCGACUUGGAGCUUUGCCCCUUCAAUCUGGGCUACGUCAUGAAACAAUCUGGCAACCAGCCUCCAAUCAUGGUGCCCAACAAAGGCCGUUGGAUGUUCGAGCAAAUGAAGCUCUCCUCCGAAUUCUUUGGUACCCCUCUCGUCAAGCCGCAGGAGUUCCCCUUUAACACCUUUCCGCUGCAGUGCCUUCUGCGCAUCAUCAAGGACAAGCAUUCUUCCGCCGUCCUCGAGGAGGCGACAGAGCACUUCUACAUGCGCGUCUGGGGCGAGGGGAAGGCCGUCCGCACGCCAGAGGAGAUCAAGGCUGAGCUCAAUGAGAUUGCGAAGAGAGGAAACUUGGGUGGGGAGAAGCUGGAUGUCGAGGCGCUGCUAGAGGAAGCGGGGAGGAAGGAGACGAGGACGCGUGUCAAUGAGGAGGCGAAGCGCAUCGUCGAUGAGGGAGGGGCUUUCGGAGCGCCGUGGAUCGUCACGACGCGGGGCAGCGAUGGCAAGUCAAUGCACUGGUUUGGGUCCGACCGUCAAGAGCAAAUUGCCCACUGGCUCAACCUCCCCUACAAAGGGCCACUCGCCGGUACUAGCACCUCUCAACAGCCAAAGCUCUAAUCGCCGUGGAAAAGUCAAUGUAACAUUACGAUCGCGUCGAGCGAGAGCGCGCC